AUGAAGCUGAAGAAAGCCGCCGAUGCCAUCACUGUUACCCACUAUGGGUUGGCCUCAGUUGAUUUUAUGGUAGACCAUCUCGUUUCCAAAGAUGAUCAUCCCAGCAUUCGAGUUCGCACUGCUGAAUCAAGGUACAAGACCACAAUUGAUCCUGACGCUCCCCUUAUUGCGACUGUGCUUUCUGCUAGGAAGGGUCAAAUGACCGGAGGGCAUGACAUCUGGAAGUUUGUUCUGUUUGAUGGCAGCAAUGCAUGCUGGAAGGCAGUAACCAAUAGUCUCUUGUCUGAUGAGCUACCGGAAGUGAAGAGAGGAUGUAAUCUUGUGGUAAAGGGAUACAAUUGGAUUCAUCUCGCUGGUCCUCUUGGAAAAUUCCACAGAAUCAUGGUGAUUGAUGAAUUUGAAUCGAAAGCUGCUCCUGCAUGCGAGGCUCGCCCAAUUCUUAUCAUGGAUGAUCCUGAUUUGAAUUACAUUGGUCAGACUGAGCAGUCUCUUCAGUGCAACACCACGUCGUUUCACCCUGAAGUGGUAAGGAAGUGUGCUCGAACUGCAGAGGUUGUCUUCACUUGUGCCACAUGUCUUUUCGAUCCACAAUUCAACGCAGGCUUCGUGUAUGGCUCCCCAGCUUUGAAAUGGCAGCUGUUGAGUGGACUUCCGGUGACCGUCAAGAACAGCAAGCAGGAUUUCAAGAGACUGUUUGCCGCCAGCUAUUUUGACGAAUCAGACGAAGAAUCCAUGGAGUUCUGUGAAUGUCAUACAAGAUACAACUUUGACAAGUGCGCACGCUUCUCCUUUUCGAUCCAGUUUUUGGAUAAGGACCUUCUAUUCAGGAAGAUGAUGGCAAAGGUACCCCCAGAACAGAAGUCGGAUGCUACCUGUUUCGAUGAGUUAGAGGCCCCCAAGAAACGAUGGAUGCUCUAUAGCUGGAUGGCCACCAAUGCUUUCGGAGUACAGGAAAGGUCCAAGCUACCCAGUUGCGUCGAAAACUAUGUCCGCCUGAGCUAUCCAAAUACCAAGGACCACCAUGUUUACACUGGCUACCGUCCUUUCUCUAAUCAGUCUGUAAUGUCUUCGCCUUCUCGGAAGAUUACGGCAGGUGUUUCCUCUGAAGAAGUGCCAUCCAAAGAAGCUGUUCGAACACUCGAGUAUGCUACCAAGGAAGAGAUUGCUGCUUCUAUUGGAUACCCCUACGGUUUCAACGAAGGUUCGAAGGAAGAUAAAGAUAACUCUGGUGACUCUGGUGAAGAUGUUUUUGGUGAACCAACACGUGAGGACUUCGAAGCUUAUGCAAAGGAAAUUGAGGAGGACGCUUCUCAAAAGAAGAAGGUAGCUGAAAAGAAGAUUGAUCUGUGGGAGGAUGACGUUACGGAGAGGAAGGUUUUUGGCGACAAAACCAAUUCGAAGAAGCAGUUCAAUUAG